AUGGAUCUGGGAAAGCUUAAGGAGAGGUAUUCUUUGUCAUUUGCUAACAUUACCCAGGGAUCAUCCCCACAGUUAUGUCUACGCACCUGGCUUGCACCACGCCGAGAAGCUCCAAGGAAAGUUCCUCCGCCCCCUUGCGCCGCCAGAGGGACCCAGGCGCGCAGCAGCGAAUACGGAGCCAGCCCCUGCCCGGGUGCUGUUGCUCCUGUCCCGUCCAGGCGUCAGGAGCCCGCAAGCUUCACGUGGAGUGUGUGUGGCCUCCUGGGUGCCCGGCCAGCCCCCGGGCCGUGGUCCACGCACUGCCUCUGGGAGCAAGGUCGGCUUGUCCUCUCGGACAGGCCGUUCCCGGGCGGCUAGGCUUCUGCUCCUUGUCAGCGACUCCCUUUCUGCCCUUUUGAGGCCCCAGACCAGCAGCCCUGGGUCCCCGGGGCUGAACUGCCAAUGAAUAGAGGUGUAGAUCUGGGUAUGGCCGUCAUCCAGCAGCCCAGUGGCCAGACUGUCUUGUUGACCCAAAGGACUCUCGCUGUUUCCCCAACCUCUAGGUGCCCCCAGGUGAGUACUCUGGGGAAAAAGGCGUGGGUAAAGUUGCCCUUUCUCCCACAGUCUCACAAAGACCUACCACUGCUGGAUGGAGGGCUUCCAGAACUAAAGGAAAGUGGACUACUGCUGCCUCAGGGCAAGUUCUCUUGGAUCCCUCUGGGGUUAUGGGAGUCUGCCUACCCUCCUAGGCUGAGCUGGGGUUUCCCCAGAUACCAUCACCUUGUACUCUACCUGCUUCUGAUCUCCCAGGAGUCACAGCAGCAGUCCCAGGCCCGGAUCCAACCAAACCCAUAUGAAGUAGCACUUUUGUGGCUGGGACCAGAUGUGGUAGCUAGCAUGACUGCCACAGAGGAUGGGACAGACACACACCUUCUCCCCCAGAUCCUGCCACCCUCUGUCCUAUCCAAUGCAGCAGAACGAGAGGGUGGAGGAGGCCAACCUCUGGCCUUGCCCAUGUUCACACUGCUGCAGACAACCCCAGCCACAGCGGAGAACAAAGAGAGGGUCAGCUCCAGAACCAAGUUUGCCCUUACCUGGCUGCAACAUCUGUGCAAGUAA